AUGUCAAACUCGAACUCAAACUCGAACACAAUUGCCUCUUCAAAAUCAAUCGAAGAAACCUAUAUUAAACUAUCACCUAUUGAACACGUACUUAAAAGACCAGACACUUACGUUGGUUCUGUAGAAGCUGUCACAGAAAAACAAUGGAUUUAUAAUUCUGAAGAAGAUAAACUUGAAUACAAAGAGAUUACUUAUGUCCCAGGAUUCUUUAAAAUAUUUGAUGAAAUACUCGUUAAUGCUGCUGAUAAUAAGGCUCGUGAUCCUUUAAUGAAUACAAUCAAAGUCAACAUCGAUAAAGAAAAAGGACAUAUUUCAAUAUACAAUAACGGUAAAGGAAUUCCAAUCGAAAUUCACAAGGAUCUUAAUGUUCAUGUGCCUGAAAUGUUGUUUGGUCAACUUAUGACUUCAUCAAACUAUGACGAUGAUGUAAAAAGAAUCACCGGUGGAAGAAAUGGUCUUGGUGCAAAAUCUGCAAAUAUUUUCAGCACCAAAUUCACUGUUGAAACUGCUGACUCAAAUCAGAAAAAGAAAUAUGUCCAAAAUUUUUCAGAAAACAUGAGAAAAACUGAUAGUCCAAAAAUCACUGCUUACAAUAAAAAAGAAGAAUACACCAAGAUAUCAUUUAAUCCUGAUCUUGAAAAAUUUGGAAUGACUGAAUUUACUGAUGAUACUGUUGCUUUGUUGAAUAAACGAGUAUAUGAUACGGCUGGAGUAGUAAAAGAUGUCAAGGUUUUCCUUAAUGAUAAACGUAUACAAGUUAAAAAUUUCAAGGAAUAUGUUCAAAUGUAUCUGAAAUCGGUAAAUGCAGAUGCUGCAUCAUCAAAAAUUAGUGUUGUGCAUGAAAAAUUUGGUGAACGUUGGGAGGUUGUCAUUGCACCUAGUGUCGAAGGUCAAUUCCAACAAGUAAGCUUUGUAAACAGUAUUUGCACAUCUAAAGGUGGACUUCACGUUAAACAUGUUACUGAACAAAUCACCACAAAACUUGCCGAACAUAUUGAAAAGAAAAACAAAGAUCUUAAGGUCAAGCCCCAGCAACAACCUGGUUUCUUGCAAGAGUUCAUCACGCCAAUUGUGAAAUGUUCAAAAAAUAAAACAAGUAUACCAUUCUAUACAUUACGAGAGCUUGAGGAAUGGAAAAACAGUUUAUUCAAUGGUAUAAACUCUGAAUAA